AUGGGGGCAGCCCCACUCCAACAGGCUGCCCGACUGGCCCUGUCCGUCCGUCUCCAGCACCACGCCAGCCUGGUCAUGAGCCAAGACCCCUACAAAGUGACCACGUUCGAGAAGCGUUACGCCGUGUCCAUGCAGUGGCUGUGGAGUGACGCCGGCGUCCGGGCCUGCUACGAGCGCCGGCGCGAGUUCCACCUGCUCGACUCGGCCGUGUAUUACCUGUCCCACCUGGAGCGCAUCACCGAGGACGGCUACGUCCCCACGGCCCAAGAUGUGCUCCGCAGCCGCAUGCCCACCACCGGCAUCAAUGAGUACUGCUUCUCCGUGCAGAAAACCAACCUGCGGAUCGUGGACGUCGGGGGCCAGAGGUCUGAGCGCAAGAAGUGGAUCCACUGCUUUGAGAACGUGAUCGCCCUCAUCUACCUGGCCUCCCUGAGCGAGUACGACCAGUGUCUGGAGGAAAACAACCAGGAGAACCGCAUGAAGGAGAGCCUGGCCUUGUUUGGCACCAUCCUGGAACUUCCCUGGUUCAAGAGUACAUCCGUCAUUCUGUUCCUCAACAAAACCGACAUUCUAGAAGAGAAAAUCCACACCUCCCACCUGGCUACCUACUUCCCCAGUUUCCAGGGCCCCAAGCAAGACGUGGAGGCAGCCAAGAGGUUUAUCCUGGGCAUGUACACCAGCAUGUACACAGGCUGCCUGGACGGCCCCGAGGGCAGCAAGAAGGGCCCUCGCUCCCGACGCCUCUUCAGCCACUACACGUGUGCCACAGACACGCAGAACAUCCGCAAGGUCUUCAAGGAUGUGCGGGACUCGGUGCUCGCCCGCUACCUGGAUGAGAUCAACCUGCUGUGACCCAGGCCCCGUAGGGGGCAGGUGGCACCUGUGGGCAGGUGGG